UUCUCCAUUUUCGGCACGCAGUUGGCGCUUCCUGAUUUUCUCCCAUGUUUUCCCAGUUUACGAGGCGGCUUCAGGACAGUCUAGAGGCGGUAGAACACAUUGCGGUAUCAGGGGUCUCCCCAGUUGCUGGCAGUACCCCACAUCGUACGGGAAGCGCUGAAACUGGCAAGCAAACAUCCGCUUCCAGUCAUGGUCAUUCCUCAGACAAUUCCUGUGGCGCAUCGUCUACGUCUUUGGCUGAGGAUUCGCUCUCUGGCUUUCGGCGCUCGAUGUCUUCGCAACGUCCAGCAUCACCUUCCCCUCCCACUCAUGUUAAUGCGCCACCCCGGACAACUGGAAGCAAUAAAGAGCCCGAAGCUCACGCGUGCAAGUCCUCCAAUCACUUCUCCACUGGCGGAGGCGAGGGAAGCACAGGAUUUUGCCAGAGCAGACCAGUCUCAAGAAACCGACCCACUUCAAGUACCUUUACCCACUUCUCCACCACCCGAAGUUGACUCUCCAACUCCCAUCGCUCCCGUUGCUCCCAUUCCAGUACCAGCAGACCCUCUCACUCCCAGUUUAGCUGCAGCUGAGCUUCACUCCCCGUGUCCACGGCCACACUCGCAACUCCAGUCGAUUAUUCCCCUAUCCUCCCUCGCGGAGUAUCCUACGAGCUCGUCUCCUACUCAGUGGAGCACGGGAAACACUAGUGACCAAUUGUAUGGCGCCUCUUUUCAGGCUGAUGGGAUGGCGCCGAAACCUUCAGAUAUUGUGGAAUCUGUGCCUUCAGAGGGAGGGGAAAUCAGCACAGAGCCCGUAGAAUCCAUGGUAGCGCUUUUGGAAAGUUCUGAUCAGAUUCAAACGGAACUUCAUGAUGGGACUUCUUCAAAUCUGACUGAUGAUAGACUUCAGGUUGUAGAAAAGCGUUUCUCUGACAUGGCAUCUUCUUUCAAACGAUUGCAAGCGGAAAGACAUGCGGCAGACAAGCUCCUGAAAUCGUUCUCCCCUUCACUUGCGAUAUCUGACUUAACAGGUCUGGCAGCUUUUCUCGCCAACCUGAUGUCUGCUGCGGAUGAUGCAGCAGCAGACAUCAGGGAACUGACGGAGAAGCUCAGAAUCCAGGCGGAGCGAAUGGAAGAGCUACGGGACACUCAUAGUUUGGAGGGGAUAUCUCGUUCUGAGCAGGUUGAUCUCCUUCAACGUCAGCAGAAGGAAGCCGAGGCCUUGUUAGCUGCAUCCCAAUCGGCUGCUGCUGGCUCUAUUGCGGAGCUCGAGACACUUCGCAAGAAGGGGAGAGACGAUCUGGCAGCUGUUCAGGGCGAGCUGGAGAAGGCGCGGAAGAUGAUUAAAGAAGAAGAGGAGAAGCGAGUCAAGGCCAUCAGUCUGUUGAAGACAGUGCGCACCAAAUUGGUAAACACUGAAAAAGAACUUGAAGAGGCAAACCAAGAACGAACACGCUUGAAAGAGGAUGGCAUUAAACUCCGCGACAAGGAAAAGUCAGAGCGAGAAAGGCUCGAAGCUGAAAUUCAGAAACUCAAGGAUGAAAAGGCGAAGGAAUCGGCGAGGCUGUGGACCCAAUUUGAGGCAGAUCUAGCCAAUCAGCGCCUGAAGAUGGAGAAGGAAAUGUCCGCGAAGCAGAGCCAACUAGAGCUUCAAAUCAUAAACCUCAAGAAUUGUCCGCGCAAGAUGUCAAGAUAUCGCAAUUAGAAGCCUCUAAUAAGUCGCUCACGGUUGAGCGUAAUUCACUAUUCGAUCAACUUCAGACACGCCAAGCCGAAGUAGAGUCAUCCCAAUCCCACCAAGAAUCGUUAGAGAAUCAGGCAACCGAGCUCCGUCAUCAACUCCGCGAGGCCAAUGACAAAAUCCAUACACUCUCCGAUGAGCUUGUCGAGCUUCAGCGGCGACAUGAUGCUACUGGGCUC